UUUCAGCAUGCGCGUGUGCUGUGUAUGCAUGUGUGUGUGAAGAGAAGAGGAGCUGUUUUGUAGCAUGCGUGUGUGAGCUUGUGCGCGUGUGCGUAAGGAAGAGACGCACUGGUUUAUUUUGAAUGCAUGCCUGAGAGAGAAAGAGAGAGAGAGAGAGAGAGAGAGAGAGAGAGAGAGAGAGAGAGACAGAGACAGUCAUUUGUGCAGAAUGUGUCAGAGGAAGGGAAAUCAAACUGGCUGCAUGAAAUCUAUGUGACUUAAACACAGCCUUCUCUGUGUCCGAGAGUGAGAGGAGGUGAAGACACGACAGAGAGAAAGACAUAACUACGGAGCAUGAGGCGAAGACAAUCACAGAUACGUUCUCAGGAAACGUCAAAAGACAAUUAUCAAGCUCCAAAGCUCCCAUAUUCUCUGCUGUGAACAUACUUUUAAAUGCACGCAUGCACAGGACUUCAAGAAGUGUUUCGAUUGGAACUCGCUCUGUGUCCACACACACACACACACACACACACACACACACAUGCUCAAAGAGACUUCCCUGUUCUGCUUUUGCUGAGGGCUCAGAUCGAAAGACGCUUUUCCUCUAAGUGCCCGGUAUGAAAUCCUGGCUGAACAUGUCACAUCAUUUCUGCAAAAUAAUGGAAAUAUAAUUAAUUUAGCUAAACACGCACAACAGGAACAGGAAUUAGAAAAGUUCCUUUGAGAAGAGGACGAAAUCUGUGUGUUAUAGAGUAUAGACAUUUUGGGCCUGAGCACACUGAGGAAAGCGCUACUACGCCGAAAGGCAUUAUGACAUCACAUGGAAAACUGAGAAAGGAGAAAGGGUGUCUGGCGGAGUAUGAGACACAAAUCAAAGAGGUUCGUGGUCAGCUGUCAGAGCAGCUAAAAAUCCUGGAUGCGCAGCUGGAGGUGAAGACGCAGCAGCUGCAGGAUCUCAGCGAGUACCUGCGCAGACGGGGUGAGAUUGAGGCGGAGUAUGCCCGCUCUUUGGAGAAACUCAGUGAAAAGUUCACCGUCAAGACCAAGAGGAAGGAGCAGCUGGACCUGUCGGUGGCUCAGUGCUGGUCAGUUCUGCUGACCCAGACCAGGCAGGAGAGCCGAGAUCACAGCUCACUGAGUGAACUCUGUAGCAACACCCUCACACAGAGACUCUCACACUGCAUUGAAGACACACACCGCCUGGCAAAGCGGAGCAAGGAGGUGGGGCUACAAAUGCAGGACGAGCUCUUGAAAGUCACCACAGAGCUGCAGACGGCUUUAAAAACGUAUCAUCAGUACCACACCGACUGUUUGGCUGCUGAAGGGAAGCUCAAAGAGGCCACGCGACUGGAAGAGAAACAAACGGGCAAGACAGCUGAUCUUGGGCUCAGCCAAUCAGGAGGGCAGAGACGCAGUUCAGUGAAAAAAAUUGAGCGACUGAUGGAGAAGAGACAAGGGAAAGUACAGGAAACUCUGCUGAAGUGCACUAAAGCUCGCAAUGACUACUUGCUCAACCUGUCAGCAGCUAAUGUCACCAUGAAUAAGUACUAUCUGGAGGAUAUUUGCACUCUGAUUGAUUGCACAGAUCUGGGGUACCACCUGUCUGUGUCUCGGGUUGUACGUGGAUACGUCUCCAACAAAAACCGACUGGUCCAGAACACGAAGAAUGGCCUUCAGCAGCUGGACACUGCUGUGACUGCACUGAACCAGGGCCAGGACAGAGAUGCUCUUCUGCAGGCUCACAACACAGCGUUCUGCCUGCCCUUCCGUUUCCAGUACCAGCCCCAUGAGGGAGACCAGGUAUGUGAAGUGAGCGCAGAAGGUCAGGUGAGGUAUGAGCUUGAGACCAGAUUCCAGCAGCUUCAGUCCAGACUCUCCUCUGUUACCCUGGAAACAGAAGAGAUCAGUAAGACACUUAAGGCAACGCACUCUAACCUACUGGAAAGCAUCUGCGAUGAUGACUGCAACCCCUCCCCUGACACCUCCACCACCCAAUCUGCAGAGAGCACAGGUGACGGCACAGGAGUUAAACCCAGCCUUGCAAAACGCAGAGCCAAUCUACAGGACACGGAGAGUUUCUACUUUACAAAAGUAAAGGAGCAUAUAAGUGGCAGUUCUCUGAUCUCAAAACUCCAGGCCAAGCAUGACCUACUUAAAGAAGGCAUACAGAAAGCUGAGGCCUUCGACAGCGACUCCUCCAGAAUGCAGCCUGGUAGGGCAGUGCGUGUGCGGAAAGCCAGGCCCUUCUCCCAGUACAACCACAAACUCUUCUCUGGAGACAUGCUCUCCUUCAUCCAGAGCUCUGGGCAACAGAUCCCCCUGGUGGUGGAGAGCUGCAUUCGCUUCAUCAACCUGCACGGUCUGCAUCAUGAAGGCAUUUUUAGAGUCCCUGGAUCACAGACUGAGGUUAAUAAUAUCAGAGAUGACUUUGAACGAGGAGAAGAUCCCCUCACUGAUAGUGAGAGUGACAUUGAUUCAGUGGCAGGAGUUCUGAAGCUUUAUUUCAGAGGUCUGGAAAAGCCUCUGUUUCCUGAGGAGAGCUUUAGCCAGCUCAUGGAGUGUGUCCAGAUUGAGAAUACGACAGAGAGAGUAGCUCAGGUAAAGACAGUGGUCUCAUCCUUCCCCAGACCGGUCGUCAUAGUGAUGCGUUAUCUAUUCGCCUUCCUUCAUCAUGUCACUCAGUACAGUGAUGAAAACAUGAUGCAGCCCUAUAACCUGGCCGUGUGCUUCGGACCCAGUCUGCUCAGAGGGGGUGAUGAAGUGACCCUGGCACCUCAGAUCAAUGACCUUGUCAAGACCAUGAUUCUCCAUUGUGAAAACAUCUUCCCCGGGACAUCCGAACUCCCAGGCCCGGUAUAUGAGAAAUGCAUGACUCUGGAGCAGGAAUAUUGUGAACCAAUCACAGAGGAGAGCGAAGGAGAUGCUGAUCAUCUUCCCAGCGAAGAUGAAUGGGAGGCAGUGGCUUUGUUUGAUUAUGUUGCACGCUCCGCAGCCGAGCUGUCAUUCAAGCAGGGUGACCACCUCCUACUACACAGCAAAGCCUCUGCUGAUUGGUGGAGAGGGGAAAUAGGAGGAGUGAGAGGCCUGAUUCCACAUAAGUACAUCAGUGUGGUGGAGGGGGCGGAGCGUAAGGAACGAGGGAAGAAAGAAGAGAGUCGAGGGGGCAGCACUGGAAAUCUAACAGAAGAUCCACAGCUGGCUGAACACAGCUCCCGCAUGAGGGUGAACAGUGACAGCGCAUCUCUGCCCGGCCGGCAGAGGACAGGCAGUGGAGGCAACAGUGUAGGCGGGGGUAGCAGUGGCAGCGGAAGCGGAAGCCCCAUACGGAAGCUCACCCUGCAGGUGCCCGAGGGACGACUUGUUCUUCCUCCACAGUCAGCUGCAGUUGCACGCCAAUUCUCAGGUCAUCAGGAGCGCAGGCACACUUUAGACACUCUGAGGCCAAUAGGAGGAGCCACAGACAGACAGACAGUACAUAUCGACAAGGAGGUCAGUCGCCAGAUGAACUCUGUCUUCAAGGAGCUGUUGUCUCGUCAUCCUCCUCUAGAAGCCUUGAGUGCUCCUCCCUCCUCUCCCCCCGCAUCCACUCCUGCAGUAUCUUCCAUUGCUUCUCGGCCUUCAGUGAAGAAAGGUUUCGGUCUCCGCAGCAGAGGUCUCUUCAAACCCCAAGACCAACAGGACUGACAGAGAAUGAUAUACGAGUGAUUUUGAGUAUUGAGUGUGUCUGAGUGAUAGGGCAACAGUGAAUUCAUCACAAAUAUGAAUAUAUUUUUCCAGACGUACAGUAUGGUAGUCUUUAUGCCUUAUUAACUCAAGUGUAUUAGAAAAUAUUUCCGGUUAAGCCUAAAUCACUUAACCAGUGACUGAUUAUGAUUUUAUUUUUGUGUGAGUCAUUGCUCCUGUUAAUGGUUGUAUUUGUGUUUUAGCUUUGACGGCAGUUAAUCAUAAUCAUCUGUCGCGGUGUUGUUCAAUGUGUCUGGGAUUUUUUAUUGUAGUGUUAGGCUGUGUCGUUAUGGAUAAAUGUUCAUAUCUGCUGAUGAUGUUUUCAUGGAGUACCAGACAGCAGACCUAUUGGUUUCAAAAGUCUCACAAGCCACAUAGAUACUGAUAGGCAAGUAAGUGUGUUGUGGGAUUGACAUCCAUAACAGACAGAGCCCACAUUGUUUAUUUUAGAUAAGGACGUGCCGCAAAUGUUUAAAAAGAGAUUAUGGCCAGCGUUAAAGUUAGUUGUUUACUUUGGAGAGAAAUGUCAUUUGUUUUCAUUUUUGAGUUUUGUUGAUUUUCUUUUUUAUAGGCUCCAAGUACAAAAUGAUGAUAUUAAAAUGUUUUUGCAUUUAAAAAGAAAUGUUGUUUAGGUUAAAUAACCAUUGCUGAUUUUUUUUUCAAGAUUUCUUAGUCAUUUGCUGUUUAAAAUGCAUUUGAGCCUUUUGUUCAUUUCGUUGUACAAUGCAUUAAUAUCAUUUUCAACAUAAUUAUAUUAAAAGGUGGCCAACACACACACACUUGCACUCGCGUAAAAACAGGUGAAGCGGCCAAAAUAAGCGCAGCUGUGCAGCCACCCUUUACCCUCUGACUCCAUUUUCUCUCUGUCACAUAUGAAAACUAAAAGACAACUGUGAAGACGAGUGCCAUCAAACACUCAGAACAGCUCAGGAAAUGUCAAACAUCAAACACGUCAGAAAAAGAGAGAGGAGACCUGACUUCUGAGAUCAAACUGUGAAAGAGCAAGUGCAGUCACAGGAAGUACAAUGGCACUCACUUCCUGUCCUCUGCACUGGUGCACUGCCCCGGGUCACUGUCUCCCUCACAGUUGCAUUCCCCUUAGCAGUGUGUUUCUCUGUUAGAUAAUGUCUUCAUUGAUGUAUGAGAUACAAUAUUAUCAGAAUAAAUUAUAUAGAUUGGGAA